AUGGAUUAAACUACAACUAGUUUGAAUAGUUUUACAACAAGUGAUAGAGAAUUAGAAAGCAACUUAAAAGAUCUACUUGAAAGAAUCUUAGUCUAUGUAGAAAAACAUAUAGAGACAAAAGAAGAGUUAAAUUAAAUUGAAUCUGAACUGAAAGAUUAUGAAAGUUUAACUUAUUUAGUUGGAAUUAUUAAGGUGAUCUUUACAAAAAUGAUGUUGAAAAUUGAAAAGAAAAUUUAGUAAGUAAAAUAUAUUUAUACUAUUAAAAGGAAAUUAGAAAAACAUAAUGACACUACUUAAACAAGAUUUUCAAAAGAUGAAGAAGAAUAUGAAAAAUUAGAAGAAACUUUAAUUAAGUAUGAAUAAGAAAUUCGAAAACAUAUAAGUGUAUAUUAUUAAUUGAUAACUAGAUUGAACAAUAGUUAAAACUUUAUGCUGAAUCUAUAUAAAGUAAAUUAGAUGAAAGUGAAGAAAUUCGUCAAGAAUUACUUCAAACAACUAAAAAUAACAUUAGUGUACAUAUAUUAUAUAAUUAAAUAGAAAUUAAAGAGAGAAAAUUAAGAAUUAAAUGAAAGAGAACAGUUUUUAUAAUAGGAAAUAUUAUAGUUAAAAUAAACGAUUAAUUAACUUGAGAAAGAGAGUAAAAGAAAAUCACUUGAAAUAAACUAAAGAGAAUACCUUUAAAAUUUGAUUUAUAAAUAAGCAAGUUCAUCUUCAAAUCAAAAUUAAAAAUGUGAAAAUUAAAGAUUAUUUUUAGAGUAAAGAUAAUAAAAUUCCUAUUCUGAACAUAAAUAAAAUCUUAAUCCAAUAACAAAAGAAUAAUUAGAAUUGAGUGAUGUAGGUAUUCCGACUUAAUAAUCAUAAAAAGUGAAUUACUAUAGCAUUUUAGGGAAUGCUAAUAAACAAAAAAAAUCUGAGAUGAUCAAAUCACUUUAAUAGAGAGAUUUUAAUAAGAUCUAUGGCUAACUAAUGAGAAGUAAACAUAAUUCUUUAUCAUCUAUUAAUGAUAUUAUGUAAAGUAUUUCUCAAUAAGAAAGAAAAAAGAUAGAAAAGGUUUAUUCAAAGAAUAGUUCUUAAAAUAAUAGUGUAAUUCAAAGACCAAAAGGUAAUUAUAUUAUAAAUAUAUUCUCAGAUUAUAGCGAAUAUUAGUAAAGAAGCAGAAGUUCAAAAAGAGCUGAAGAUACAAUUAAAUAAAAAACUUUAGAUUCUUUAAUAAAAUUGAAAUGAUAUAUAAAUGUUUUUUUGCUAUUUUA